AUGAGUCAACAAGCCUCAUCGGCAUCAUCAUCGGGAAACAAUGAAGAGUCGAAAGAAACACGAGUUUCGAUAGAACACGAUCAAAUUCGUAGAGAUAUGAUUGCUGCUGCUUUAUUAGGACCGUGCAAAGCAAUUAAUCGUGAAUUAUUGAGAUUGAGAACGGUUCAGACCGUGAGCACGGUUCAAAUGGAAGCUACCGAACAACAAUUGUGGAAAUGUGUUGAAAAUUUUGCUCAACACUUUGCAGAGAAUGAAGGUGUUUGGGGAAGUGCCAUGAUUGUUACUCCAACACAACAACCAAUACAGGACGAAGCAACAACACCAACUCCAAUGGGUCCACCUCCAAUUGUCGGAGGCAAUGUUGGUGAUAUUUAUUAUUUUGAAAGAACGUCAGGAAAAGUACAAUGGGAUAGACCUUCCAUGUUGGACAAAUUGAUUCGAGAAGGAAAGGUUGCUAGAGACCAAACAGAACCAAUUCAUGACUGCGAAUUUUUACAAACAAACUUUUUCAUUUGCUUACGUAGUACUAGGGCUGAGAGAAGUGGAUGCUCUUUUGAACAUGACAAGUUGUUACGUUGUAUGAGAGCAAAAGUUCUCGGAAAUAAGAAGUAA